AUGCGCACCGAAUCUUCCUGGCUAGUUGUCUACUGCCCACGCAUCGCCAGGCAGGGCGACAGCUCGGAGACAAACAACCUACAGGGACAUAAGCAGUCACUUCGAAGUCCCUUGCUGAAGCAAACCAUGGCUUCAGCCCCGGCCAUGCAGCCUCUCAUUCCAAAAGGACCAGAGCCAGCCAAAGAUUUCUACCACUUCCCUGACUUUCCUCCCGAACUUCGUCUUCGGAUAUGGGAGUUGGCAUACGAUGCUGUCCCAGACACACUCGUCUAUCAAUUCGCCUUGGUGGUUGAGCCAGCUCCUGGAACCCACGACGGAGACGAGACCUUCGACUUCAUGGAGUACUUCCUCGUCCCAAUGGACGAAGUUCGGGACUUAACACGCGAACUUCGCAGUCUACGUAGAGUCAACAAAGAGUCCCGACACGAGAGUGUGCGCCUUUUUGACAGUUGUCUGCACCUGAACCAGACGAAACAAGGCGAAACUAGUAGCUCUUGUCCUCCCAUCGACAUUCCAUGGAAAAGCCAUCAAAACUACUUGUGUCUCAAGAGCCAGAAUGUGGUGGCGGGCUUCGACAAGAAAGACAACAUGGCUUUCAUCGAGCAGGCUUUCGAGAAUGUCCGACUCCUCGCGUUCGGAGUUGACGCAUCACUGUCUCUAUUGCUCACCUUUACCGCGGAUGGCGCCAAUCUCGCGGAUCUCAUCACGUGUUGCCCAAACGUACAGCACGUGGCACUUGUGAGUGAUUUGCUCAUGUACGACGGCAUGAAGAAUCUUUUCGAUAGGAUCCGAUCCGGCUUCAGAGUUUCAUUUUGGGAUGACUGGGUUGGAAGAGUCGAGGAGGGUGUCAUCUCUCCUUACGAAGAGUCGAAGAACUACGAUAUGGGGGACCAUUGGAUUGUCUUAAAAAUGCUACGUAUUCUCCUGCCCGGCGUCUGCAAAACCAAGCCAGAACAUGCAUUGUUGAGUCGUGUGGUCUAUGGCAUGAUUUUCAGAACCAGGAAAAAUUGGAGAUGCAUGCUGCGCGACGACGAGUCCUUAGGAGACUUGCGGGGCGACGGGUCUACAGAGGAGUCCAGUGAGGGCAGUGAUGAUGCCUGA